AUGCCGCUUCGCGCGCACGAAGAAAUCACCGCCGGCUUUCUCGCGGGGUGCGCGGACGCCCUGGCGUGCCACCCCGUGGACGUGGUGAAGACGCAAGCGCACGUCAACAGGGGUGCAAAUGUCCCAUUCACGCAAGCUUUAGUCGCCCAGGCGCGCGCGCACGGCCUCCCGUCGCUGUAUCGCGGUGUCUUACCCGCAUGCUUACGACCUCAGGCGCUGUGCAUGUACGUCGGGUACGAAUGGAGCAAGAAAGCGGUGUGCGAGGACGCGAAGAAGAUGACCACCAGAGAGGCAUUCGUCGCGGGCUGGUUGACGGCAUACGUGGAAUCGGCGUGCGUGACCCCGUUCGAGACGGUCAAGGUGCGAAUGCAAACGAAAGAAAACAUGUCGAGGUAUGCGUCGUCUUUGGGGUGCGCGCGAGAGAUCGCGCGAACGGAGGGAAUGAAAGGAUUGUACGCGGGAUUUUGGCCGACGUGUUUACGAAACAACGUGUUCAAUUCAUUUUAUUUCGGGACGAUUCAUUACUGUAAGGACGAGUAUUUGUCCGCGCCAGAUUCGUUGGUAGAGCAAGCAGCGCAAAACGUCGGCGUCGGCAUCAUCGCUGGGCUCGUCGCGACGGUGUUUAAGAUGCCUUUUGAUAUAUUAAAAUCGCGAAUGCAAGGACAAGUGCCAAACGCGAGCGGGGCGCUGGAAUAUCCAACAAUGAUGGAAGCCGCUGUGCGUAUAUUUCGCAACGAAGGCGUGGGAGCGUUUUAUAAAGGCACAGGCGUGACCGCAGCGAGGAUAACGCUAGGCUUUCCCGUUUCAUUCGUAGCCUUCGAAGCCGUAGCUUCGAUGUUUGAAAACGAAAUCCGAUGA